CUGGGAAGACUGCGCGCCUUGGGCUUGUACCGGCACCUGGGCCGGUGGCAGCAGGUUGUGGGACUCACCCCAGAGCAGAACCUCUCCAUCCAGGAGAAGGGUGGGAGGCCUCCAGGCCACCCACCAUGUGACAGUUGAGGACUUCAGCUUGCAGAAAGCAGAAGUGAGCUCACUGCUCCGUACUCCAGGAAAUCAGUCUGGCUGUAGGGUGACCGAGCUCCUCUGCUACCAUGAACAGGGCCUCUCUGAAGCGGUCAAAGAUCCUGCACAUGGCACUGAUGGGGACUUCCGACCCCUCCGGAGAGGCAGAGGCCAGCCACGAGAAGCCCUUUGUGCUGCGGGCACUGCAGAUCGCUCUGGUAGUCUCUCUCUACUGGGUCACGUCCAUCUCCAUGGUGUUCCUUAACAAGUACCUACUGGAUAGCCCCUCCCUACAGCUGGACACCCCCAUCUUCGUCACCUUCUACCAGUGCCUGGUGACCGCGCUGCUGUGCAAGGGCCUCAGCUCACUGGCCACCUGCUGCCCUGGCACCAUGGACUUCCCCACCCUGCGCCUGGACCUCAGGGUGGCCCGAAGCAUCCUGCCCCUGUCGGUGGUCUUCAUCGGCAUGAUCACCUUCAAUAACCUCUGCCUCAAGUAUGUGGGUGUGGCCUUCUACAACGUGGGUCGCUCACUCACCACCGUCUUCAAUGUGCUGCUCUCCUACCUGCUGCUCAAGCAAACCACCUCCUUCUAUGCCCUGCUCACCUGCACCAUCAUCAUUGGUGGCUUCUGGCUUGGUGUGGACCAGGAGGGCGCAGAGGGUACCCUGUCUUGGAUGGGCACCCUUUUUGGCGUGCUCGCAAGCCUCUGCGUCUCACUCAAUGCCAUCUACACCAAGAAGGUGCUCCCGGCGGUGGACGGCAGCAUCUGGCGUCUGACCUUCUACAACAACGUCAACGCCUGCGUCCUCUUUCUGCCCCUGCUCCUGCUGCUGGGGGAGCUCCCAGCCCUCUACAACUUCCCCCAGCUGGGCAGCGCCCACUUCUGGGGCAUGAUGACGCUGGGCGGCCUGUUUGGCUUCGCCAUCGGCUAUGUAACAGGACUGCAGAUCAAGUUCACCAGUCCCCUGACCCACAACGUGUCCGGCACAGCCAAAGCCUGUGCCCAGACGGUGCUGGCCGUCCUCUACUACGAGGAGACGAAGAGCUUCCUCUGGUGGAUGAGCAACAUGAUGGUGCUGGGCGGCUCCUCCGCCUACACCUGGGUCAGGGGCUGGGAGAUGAAAAAGAUUCAGGAGGAGCCCCGCCCCAAGGAGGACGAGAAGAGUAACGUGGAGGUGUGAGCUCCUCCGGAGACCCUGCAAUGGCCCGGCCCAGCCCAGGGAGAAUGCCCAUGAAUGAAGUGAAGGUGUCUCUCUGGACCCAGAGACAGUGGCCUUACAGACUUGAUGCGAAUCUGGUGGUUGAAAUGGAACCAGUGUUUCCAAGUGAUGUCAGAAAGUUGCCAAACCUGUCUCGACCCCCCUUCCUAUUUCUGGGUUUUUGUCCUCCCCUAGGGAGGAGGGAACCCCCAUGGGAAGAGCCAGUUAGGUUCUCUGGAAGAGCACCAGCUCUCUGGGAGUAGGAGAGGGACAGCACCCCUUCCUGUCCCCCUGCCAGGGCCUCCUACCUCCACAUGACCUUUGGGGUUGGGGACAGACCACAACCUUUAAGGGACAGUAUUGGCAAAGCCAUUACGUCUUCACUUGGACUCAGGGGAGGUGGGGGUGUGACCCCACCACAGGCUUAGGAUUUGGGAAACCUCACACCUCUGUGCCCCGGGGCAGGCAGCAUAGCUUUGGCCCACCCCAAACCAGCCGCCUUUUGGAGGAAAGUGUAGGCUGGGCUGAGGGAGGAAAUGAACAAGCAUUCUCUCUUCUCUGCAUUGAGACCAGCAGCCCCCGUGCAAGGGGGUGAAGGAUCGGGGGUACCAAGCCUGGCCCAGGCCCCUGCUCGUUAACAGCCUCCCGCAGUCGUUAACACCAGUUUUGCCCGCCUCACUCCCCUGCCCCUGAGGGGCAGCUGCCACCUGGCACAAACAGCUACCUGGCUCAGGUAACAGCCCCACAGAAGUGGAGGCAGGGAACCGCUUUGGCUUCUCCCAACUCUGCCUCUCCAGGGAAUGCUGAUGGAGCCAGGGUCAGCUCAGAGCCUUCCACCUAAGCUGUGCUGGGCCCCCCAAGAUCCAGGUCCCUGCAGGGCAGGUGUUGUAACCUGAUCUUGAUGAAGGUGUUAAGCUAACAAUUAUAAACUUCCCUGAGUUUGGGAAGGAAAGAAUCUUCCCUUCCCCUCACCACACCCUCUGGGCUUGAGGGUGGCUUUCACAACUCCUGUUCCUUCUGUUGGGUGUUUUGUUCCACCAAGUGGAACGAAACUCCCUGGGGUAACUCCUGAUGUCUUCAGCGCCUGUAACGAAAGGCUGGGGAGAGUGGAGCUUCUCACGACUACUCUCUUCGCGUCCCCGCACAAUCCCAGGUGGUUUCUAAUGAGGUUGGUGGGGCCCGAUGCCCUGAAUUGUGUGUGAUUUAAUUAAAAAUCAGAGUAAGACAUCCUGUGUGUGUGCAGCGAGAAGGGACAGGCAGGGUCUGGCUGGGAUUUAUGAACGAAGGCUCAUCCCUGCCAUCGCCAAGCCUGGGUUCUAGCAGGACAGCCCUUCUAAGAAUCUGUUCUCCCUCCAAGCAAGGGGUUGAUUCAAAUACCAAGACUCCUUCCAGACCUCAGGUUUCAUAUUGGUGCUUGUUGCCAUUUACUGGGCACUUGCUGGAGGCAAGACACUGCUGAGUCCUCUAUUCCAUCAUUCAUCUCCACAGCCCUCCCACGCGCCUUGAGGUGGGCACCAUCGCCGAUCCCCCAUUUUACAGAUGAGAACACUGAGGCUCAAGGCGGAGCACAGGAAGGAAGAGGCAGCAGUAGGAUUCAGACGGAGGUCUCUGCCUUCAGAGCACAGGUACCCAGCAUUUUUUGAGCAUCUACUACGUGCCAGGCACUGUGGUAGAACAUACUGGUAUGAAGACCCAAAUCUGCUUCAAGGGUCUCGAAUAGAAACACACAUCAAAUAACAGAUGCAGUAUUGCCCUGAGGUCUCAGAAGAUGGAGAGACCAAGUCUUCACAAGGGCCAAGAUGUUUGAACUGAAUAUUACUGGGCAAGUAGGGGGGUCCAGGAGCAGGGUAGACUGGCCCAGGAAACAAGGUUAAGCUGAGGAA